AUGGCCAGAGGUCAAACGGUACGGGGAUAUCCUGUGCUUCAUCCUAUUACCGGUCUUCCAUUCACUUUACCUCGCGGAAAUGGAAUCUCCGAAGUGACUGGGGGUCAUGCAAUGAUCAUACCUGUACAUCAUGGAGGACCUCCUACAACUAAGUCUACGCAUCACUCGGGUAUGCAAGAAGCAUCCCAUCUAUCAAACGGAAUAGUACGACAAGAUUCUACGCCAUUGAGUUCUCAUCACGUGCCUCAUCGUAACGGAAAAGUCCCAGCAAGGCCGAUUGAUUUUCAACUUCGUUCGAUGGAUCAAAAUCGGUUUCACGCCCAGUCACUUGACUCAUCAAGCCUUUCUAUCACAUCCCCGAGAAGUCCCGGCAGCAAACCUUUAAAUCCUAUGGCGCAAGUAUUCAAACCUGAAAACAUGCCCGACGAUUUGAGAUACCUCAGAGAAGAUAAUCACUGGUGGUAUCGGGAUGCGGAGUCAUCGAGCAGCUCGAGCCGUUCAACCGAAGAUGAGCUCAUCAGGCCAAAGAGCCACUCCCCCGCUAAAGUUUGGGAAGAUCCGAUGGAUCUUGAAUUCUACAAUUCCUUCCUGAGAAAAUCUGAAACGCCGCAAAUGAGAAUGGAUGACGGUCAACAACUCUCGGGCAAAAAAGAUCGCGUUGCUGAACCUUUAGAGAAGCCCAAUGUAGGCGAAGUCCUUCAAACUUACCUCAAUACCAAAGGGGAGAAAGAAUCGAUAGAUCCGGAAACUAUCAGUCUCAACCACUUGGACUUGGAACCUCAGAGUACGCCAAGUAGUCCUGGUAAACAAGAUAGCGUACAUGAAGCCCAAUCCAACAACAAGGAUAUAGAGGAAGAUUUGGCAACCGUCGAAGAAGGUCAAAAGAUACCGCCAAAGAAAAGGAACCCUGGUACGCGAAGAAGAAGAAGGCUGCGUGCUAAACAAUUGAAAGAGGCAGAAAAGUCAUCAAGCGAUAAGACUGAAGAACAUGUGAUGGACGACGUCGAACUCGAUCGACAAAAUGAGGUCGAGGAUGAUAUCAGACCUGAGUCUGAAAAGCAACCAAGUAUGAAAACCCACGUAGACUUCGAUAAAGAGAGGAAAGAUAUGGGAGAGAAAGAACCAAGGGUCUCAGUACCUCUCGUUCUUUCAGGAAGCGAUGAAGAAAAGGCCCGCCGUGUUGAUGCGCUUCCUAGAGUUCCGGAUCUCGAGAAAUUUUCAGAAGCGCUUCACCCAUCACCUUUGAGAAUCGAGAAGAUGCAUAGUCUUACUCCAGAUUCACUUCAAUCGAAAGAAAUUCCUGCAUCUGCGCAUCGAUUUGAGGAAACUGGACCGCUAACAACGGGUAAGCAGACCUAUGAAGAUGAUGAAAAAUCUGAAGUCGCACAGGAAAAAGCGUCACUUCAACCUUCUGUCCAUGAGAUUCAUGCGCCUCACACCUCGGUUGAUCACGAUGCUUUCAAAGACGAAAUUCCACCCACUGCCAAUGCGCACUCACUACCGAGUGAGCAUCAUGAUCAUUUUGCUGCCAAAAAACCUUUGUGGGGUGAUGAAGUGGAUGAUCUCAUUCCACUUGAAGCAACACCACCGACCCUGGAAUCUUUACCAGAAACAGAACAAGAAUGGCAAAGAGCUUGGGAUGAACUCAAAUAUCGAAUGAUUAAAAAUCGAAACGCUAAGCAAACUCGUGUUUCUCGAGCAAGGAAAGCACUUGGUACUUCGAAAGCCGUACAUACAGACCUGCCUCCGGCUCUGGCCGAUGGAAUCUCAGACAGUGAAAUUGAUUGGUCAAUCAUGUACUGCUGA